AUGCUCCGAUUGAAGAAGAGCCUCGAAUUCAACGAGAACUCCAAUUGGGCUCAAAGGUCUGAUUGCUAUGUUUGGGAGGGUGUAACUUGCAAUGAGGGUCUUGUCACUGGUCUUGACCUUCGCAAAAACAAUAGUACUGGGGAUCUAACUAAUAUCUCUACCAUCUUUAAUCUCAAAUAUCUCCAAAGCCUUAAUUUGCCUUAUGGUUUUGCCAAUAUCCCCUCAAGGCUUGGUGAGCUCACAAAUUUAAGAUAUUUAAAUUUUACAGAUGCUAGGUUUACAGGCCAAGUCCCAAAAGAGAUAUCACAUCUCACAAAGUUGUCAAAGUUGUUAACUCUGGAUUUGUCCUGGGAAGCCUUCGAUCAACCCCUGAAAAUGGAAAACCCGAAUCUAGGUUUCUUGGUUCAGAACCUCUCACAACUUCAAGAAUUAUAUCUUGAUGGUGUGAAUGUUUUAGUUACUAGAAAUGAGUUUGUCCAAGAUCCUAUCAUCCUCAAUGCCAAAUCUCUGAGAGUUAAGCAUGUUUGGCUAGGUAUUCCCUCAUCUUUGAUUGCACUUCCGGCAUUGCAAUACUUGCUUCUUUCUAUCAACCAUUUUGUUGGUAAGAUUCCUAAGCAUCCAAAUCCAUCCACCUCAUUGUUGGAGAUCUUUGAUCUUAGUCAUAACAACCUAGAAGGACCUAUUCUAGAAUCCAUCUUUGAAUUCGGAAUUCUUAAGACCCUUCAACUUUCUUUCAACAAGUUCAACGACACCAUUCGAGGACAUAAGUUUCGUGGUCUUGGCCAACUUCAAACUCUUGACCUUUCCUACAACAACUUGUCAUUCAGCUUUGGCACUAAUGAUUCCAUGGUGACAUACCCUCCCAUGCUUUUCAAUUACCUUUCCGAGACCCAGUUUUUAUCCCUUUUGAACAAUGGUCUUACCGGAGAUAUACCUGAAUCCAUAUGCAAUGAGUUUACAAACCUUGUAGUUCUUGAUUUGUCCAACAACAGUUUAAGUGGCAGAAUACCAGCAUGCAUUCUUCAAAUGAGUCAACAGCUUUGGAUUCUGAAUCUACAAAGGAAUAAUUUCAGCAACUCAAUUCCUGAUGUAGUUCUGGUUAAUUGUACAUUGAAGACCCUACAUCUCAAUGGGAAUUCAAUACAGGGUGGGGUUCCUAAAUCUCUAACUAAUUAUACUACAUUAGAGAUUUUAGAUCUUGGGAAUAAUAACAUGACUGAUAAUUUUCCUUUCUUCUUGAUGAGCAUAUCCACCAUGAGAGUCGUUGUUAUGUGA